AUGGACGGAUCCCCGCGCCGCGGCGCGUGCAGGCGACUGCUGCUCCCCCUGCUAUGCCUCCUCCUCCAGGGCGCCACUGCCAUCCUCUUUGCGAUUUUUGUCCGCUACAACCAGGAAACCGACGCUGCCCUCUGGCACAGGGGCAACCACAGUAACGCGGAUAAUGAAUUUUACUUUCGCUACCCAAGCUUCCAGGAUGUACACACAAUGGUGUUCCUGGGCUUCGGUUUCCUCAUGGCCUUCCUGCAGCGUUACGGCUUCAGCAGCGUGGGCUUCACCUUCCUCCUGGCUGCCUUUGCCCUGCAGUGGUCCACACUCAUCCAGGGCUUCCUGCACUCCUUCGACGGCAGCUACAUCUAUGUUGGCGUGGAGAGCAUGAUCAAUGCUGACUUUUGUGCGGGGGCUGUGCUCAUCUCAUUUGGUGCUGUACUGGGCAAGACCGGACCGGCCCAGCUGCUGCUCAUGGCCCUGCUGGAGGUGGCACUGUUUGGCAUCAAUGAGUUUGUGCUCCUUAGUUUCCUGGGGGUGAAGGAUGCUGGAGGCUCCAUGACCAUUCACACCUUUGGUGCCUACUUUGGGCUGGUCCUUUCACGGGUCCUCUAUAAGCCCCGGCUGGAGAAGAGCAAGCAUCGCCAGGGCUCCAUCUACCAUUCGGACCUCUUUGCCAUGAUCGGGACCAUCUUCCUGUGGAUCUUCUGGCCUAGUUUCAACUCUGCACCCACUACGCUGGGGGACGGGCAGCAUCGGACAGCCCUCAACACGUACUACUCCCUGACCGCAAGCACCCUCAGCACCUUCGCCUUGUCAGCCCUUGUUGGGGGGGAUGGGCGGCUGGACAUGGUCCACAUCCAGAAUGCAGCACUGGCCGGAGGGGUUGUGGUGGGGACAGCAAGUGAAAUGAUGCUGACGCCCUUUGGGGCUCUAGCAGCUGGCUUCCUGGCUGGAACUGUCUCAACGCUGGGGUACAAGUUCUUCACGCCCAUCCUUGAGUCAAAAUUCAAAGUUCAAGAUACAUGUGGCGUCCACAACCUUCAUGGGAUGCCCGGGGUCCUGGGAGCCCUACUGGGGGUCCUCGUGGCUGCGCUGGCCACCCAUGAAGCUUAUAAAGAUGGCCUACAGAGCGUGUUUCCACUCGUAGCCACGGUCCAGCGCAGCGCCACAUCUCAGGCCAUGUACCAGCUCCUCGGGUUGUUUGUCACACUGAUGUUUGCCUCUGUGGGUGGGGGUUUUGGAGGGCUCCUACUGAGGCUGCCCUGUCUGGAUGCCCCCCCAGACUCGCAGUGUUACGAGGACCAGAUUUAUUGGGAGGUGCCUGGAGAGAAUGAGGAUGAAGCCCAGGGACCUCUGAGGGAGGAGGAACGAGACACUCAGGCCUAA